AGCGGCAGCUCGGCCCAUUCAUCGCGCACGGCAUGGCCGGGGGCGGCGGCGCGGAGCGGACCGGGGCCGGGGGGCUCCUGCCGCCCGCCCUCCGCCAGCAUCACCGCAGGGAGAGCCGGGAGCGGCUGUCGGUGUGUAGUAAGUUGUGCUACGCCGUCGGGGGGGCUCCSUACCAGAUCACCGGCUGCGCCCUCGGCUUCUUCCUCCAGAUCUACCUCCUGGAUGUGGCUCAGGUGGACGCUUUCUACGCCUCCAUCAUCCUGUUUGCGGGCCGGGUGUGGGACGCCAUCACGGACCCCAUGGUGGGUUUUUUCAUCAGCAAAACCUCGUGGACCCGCAUCGGCCGCCUGAUGCCCUGGUUGAUUCCUCCUCCCUGGCUCCUCAAUCCCCUUGCAUGUCCUGGAUCUGAKCUCCUGGGUUAUUCCUUCUGCUCUGCCUCAGUUUCCCCRCUGUGRCACCACCCUUGGGGGUUUGGAGGGAGCUGUAACAGAGCUGGCCCGGCUCAUUCCACCCUUCCCCAGGGCUCUGCUCAGUCCCCGUGGUCUCUCCCUCCAGGUAUGACCGUGGAGGUGCUGGGCACCGUGCUGGGCACUGCCAUCCAGGGCCAGAUCGUGGGCAAAGUGGACACUCCGUGCAUCGAGAGCCCCUUUUUCCUGGGCCUCACCAACUCCUCGGUGGCCAUGGAGGAGCUGAACAUGACCCACGACACCGGUUCACUCACAGACACCAGAAACGCCUACAUGAUCGCUGCGGGGGUCAUCGGGGGGCUCUACUUCCUCUGCUUCCUCAUCCUGGUGCUGGGAGUCCGUGAGAAGAGAGGUGAGGCUGCACGGGGCUGGGAUGCUCUGGAUUUGUGGGAUCGCACAGGGCUGGGAUACUCUGGAUUUGUAGGAACACACGGGGCUGGGAUGCUCUGGAUUUGUGGGUAUGCACGGGAAUGGGAUCUCCUGGAAGGAAACUUCGCCCUCUUCUGCACCUACACCCUGGGCUUCCGCAACGAGUUCCAGAACAUUCUCCUGGCCAUCAUGCUCUCGGCCACCUUGACCAUUCCAUUCUGGCAGUGGUUCCUGACCCAGUUUGGGAAGAAGAAAGCUGUUUACGUGGGCAUCUCGUCUGCCAUCCCCUUCCUCAUCGCCGUGGUUGUCCUGGACAGUAACCUCAUUGUCACCUACGUGGUGGCCGUGGCUGCCGGGAUCAGCGUGGCCGCCGCCUUCCUGCUGCCCUGGUCCAUGCUGCCAGAUGUCAUCGAUGAUUUCAAGCUGCAGCACCCCAGCUCCCACGGCCACGARGCAAUUUUCUUCUCCUUCUACGUCUUCUUCACCAAAUUCACUGCUGGAGUCUCCCUGGGCAUCUCCACGCUCAGCCUGGACUUUGCAGGGUACCGGACCMGGGGCUGCUCCCAGCCCGGCCAGGUGAAUUUUACCCUGAAAAUGUUGGUGUCAGCCGUGCCCGUGGGGCUGAUCCUGCUGAGCCUGCUGCUGUUCAAACUCUAUCCCAUCGACGAGGAGAAGCGGAGGAAGAACAAGAAAGCCCUGCAGGAUUUAAGGCAGGAGAGCAACAGCAGCUCGGAGUCGGAUAACACAGAGCUGGCCAGCAUCGUGUGAGCGGGGCUGGGUCUGUCUGCACCCACCGGGGCUCCCCGGGGACUCAUCACCCUCCGGGCUGGCCCAGCCGCUGCUGGAGGAGCCACGGGGAGCGUUGGCCACCUCCAAAAUCUCCAGUUGGGGAUGUGUGSCCGUCCCGUGGCUCGCACGGGGCGCGCAGAGCGCUGGUAGUGUACAUUACACACGUGCUGCUGCCUCCCCGGACACUGCGCUGUCCCCGCCGGCUUUUGGAGGGUGGAAAAGGCCGCUCUGGGAUGGUUCUGCCCGGAACACGCACAGCCCAGCCUGGGGCUGAUGGUUAGUGUACAUUACACUGUCGGUUCGGUGUGCCCGUGCCCGGGUGAGCUCACCUCUGGGCACUGAUGUGGGAGCUGUUCUUUUUUUUUUUAUUAUUAUUAUUUACAGAGCCUAAUUAACUUAACGAUGUAAAUACGGAGCUGUUUCCUGUUUGUAUAUAUCUGUACAGACCCCAAACCCGAGGACCUGUUAAUAUUAAUUUACAUAAAAAUGGGGGAAGUCGGCA